CGGAGGGGGGCAGUAUUUACAACACAGAGGGAAGCAGCUACCUUAUAUAUAGUCAUAAGUGAAACCCUGCGAGACGAAGAAGUGGCGCUUUCUCUCUUCAGCAUUAGUUCAGACUUCUAUGUACUACAGAGGUUGCUGUCAUGCCUGCUAGAAAGACUGCCACCAAGAGGAAAUCUGAGGCUAUUGCCGAGGAUAAGGCCCUUCCGAAAAAAGUAAAAGUUUCUCAUAAAAGCCAUGCAAAGGAAGCAGGUGAAGUCCUUGUCCUGGGUCAGGGUGAUGUUGGACAGCUGGGUUUAGGUGAAGAUGUCCUGGAGAGAAAGAAGCCAGCACUUUUGUCUCUGCCAGAGAAAAUGGUACAGGUUAUAGCUGGAGGGAUGCACACAGUGUGUUUGAGCGUCUCUGGCAGUGUCUACACGUUCGGCUGUAAUGAUGAAGGGGCCCUGGGUCGAGAAACGUCAGGUGAAGGGUCUGAGAUGGCUCCAGGGAAGGUGGCGUUGGAGGAGAAGGUCAUCCAGGUGUCUGCAGGGGACAGUCACACAGCUGCGCUCACAGAGACCGGACAGGUUUACUUGUGGGGCACCUUCAGGGAUAACAAUGGUGUAAUUGGUCUUCUGGAAGCACUGAAAACAUCUCGUGUUCCAGUCAAAGUCCCCAUGCUGGAACUCGUGGUGAAAAUUGCAUCAGGUAAUGAUCAUUUCGUCAUGGUAACACUCGGGGGAAAUCUCUACACAUCAGGAACAGCUGAGCAGGGUCAGCUAGGAAGACUGUCGGAGCAUUUUAUAGACAGAGGAGGCAGGCGAGGUCUUGACCACCUGCUGAUACCAAAGGUGGUAAAUUUCAGAGGUAAAGUUCAUUUCGCAGACGUCUUCUGUGGAGCCUACUUUACUUUCGCCAUAUCAACAGCCGGACACGUGUACGGAUUCGGCCUCUCUAAUUACCACCAGCUGGGCACUAAAGGCAUAAAGACAUGCUUUGUCCCAGUGAAUCUCACCUGCUUCAAGAACUCCACCAAAUCUUGGGUUGACUUUGCAGGAGGACAGCAUCACACCAUCUGUCUUGACUCUGAAGGCCAGGUUUAUAGCCUGGGCAGAGCAGAUUAUGGCCGCCUUGGUUUGGGCGAGGGAGCUGAAGAGAAGAGUGAGCCCACACAGGUGAAGGGCAUUGAACCGGCCACGAGUGUAACCUGUGGGGCAACAGUGAGCUACGCCAUCACCAGAGAAGGGUCACUUUAUGCCUGGGGCAUGGGCACAAACUUGCAGCUUGGCACAGGACAGGAGGAUGAUGAGUGGAGCCCUGUGAAGGUAACUGGAAAACAGCUGGAGAACCGUGCAGUUCUGAUGGCGUCCAGUGGAGGGCAGCACACCGUCCUUUUGGUCAAAGACAAGCAGGAAAGCUGAGGUCUAUCUACAGCACAGGUUAUUGGGGGACUUUGGCUCUGAUUUAAAAAGGGGACCCUAUUAAAGGGGUAGUGGGCCAUCUGAUUGUAGCUUUGCGAUGGAGGGGGGCUCUCGCUCUGCUUUUUCCCUUUUGAGAAGAACUUUUUUGUGAAUGUUUCACAGAUCAUGACAAAUGAGUCUAUUUUUUUAAUCGCUAGUUUUUCAUGUUCUCUUUGAGCUUAUUAAAAGUCAUCAGAAUGAUGACCGAAUGCGGUUGUGUAUGUCAUAUUUGUAAAUUAGACCAUGUCUAAGCAAAUAAGAGAGCGGAGCUUUUAACGACGUUUCCACGCUAUAGUUUUUUAAUGUUUAUCCUUUAAAGCAAUAUUUCUGUUCACCUUGUUUCAUCAGACAUCCUCCUUAACCAUAUGAGACUACUGUUCAUUUUACACAAGUCAUGCAACAUGAGUUUGGAUUUUUAAAGGCGUUUGGAAACCUGUCUUAUUGUGUGCUUCAUUUUGUUGGUUUCCCAGUCUGAAAAUAAAGACAGUUUGUAAAAAA